UUCCACUUCCGUAUCACUGUAUGGCUUUCGGGUGUACUGCAUUACAACAGCUGCUUGUGUGUCUGCUGCAUUCUGACUAUUCAUCCCGAGUUUCCAUAUAUUCAUCCAGACAUCAAAGAUGGAGAAUUUGAGCCACGCUAAUAGCGCCUUUGCCCUGGACCUGUAUCGGGCCAUAAGCAGCAAUAACCCGGAUGGAAACUUGUUCUUUUCCCCACUGAGUAUCAGUGCUGCACUCAGUAUGGUCUACUUAGGAGCCCGAGGAGCUACUGCUGAGGAAAUGGCUAAGGUUUUGUCCUUCAGUUCAAUCCCUAAUGUUCACACCCACUUCAAGACCCUCAGCUCUGCAAUUAACAGCCCCAAAGCCUCCUACAUCCUCCGACUGGCCAACAGGCUUUAUGGAGAGAAGACUUUCCAUUUCUUGUCUGAAUUUUUGGACUCUACUCAGAAGUUGUAUCAAGCUGAUAUGCAGGCAGUAGACUUCAUUGGAUCAUCAGAAGAGUCACGGAAGCUCAUCAACCACUGGGUGGAAGAGAAGACUGAGGGUAAAAUCAAAGACAUUCUGCAGCCAGGGAUGGUCACAGCAAUGACUCGACUUGCCUUGGUGAACGCUAUUUAUUUCAAAGGAAAAUGGAAAGAUGUGUUUAAUACUGAAGACACUAAAGAGAUGCCCUUUAAGAUAAAUAAGAAUGAGACAAAACCAGUGCAAAUGAUGUACAAGAAGAAGAAAUUCCUCUUCAAGUACAUUGAUGAGUACAAGCUGCAGGUUCUGGAUUUACCCUAUGUAGAGGAAGAACUCAGCAUGGUGGUGCUUUUGCCUGAGGAGUCUCAGGAUGGCUCAGACUCCCUUCAGACGCUGGAGACUGAAAUAACAGUGGACAAACUGCUUGAGUGGACAAAUCCAGAAAAGAUGACCAGGUGGAAUGACAUCAACGUCCAUCUGCCAAAAUUCAAGCUGGAAGAGCAGUACUCUUUGACGGAUACACUGAAUAAGAUGGGCAUGAGCUCUUUGUUUCAGGCCAAUGUUGCAGAUCUUACAGGCAUGAGCAGCCAAGGAGGACUUUUUGUGUCGUCGGUGGCCCACAAAGCUUUUGUGGAGGUUAAUGAGGAAGGCACAGAGGCAGCAGCGGCCACAGUUGUAAUGAUAAGAACAUUAUGCUGGACACCAGAGAAGAACUUCAUGGCAGACCACCCCUUCCUAUUCUUCAUCAGACACAACCCCACGAAAAGCAUCCUGUUCUUUGGGAGAUUCAGAGGCCCACAGUAGAUAUAUACUGUACAAUGCCAAGAAAAACAAUGCUUGUUUGAAAGUCUGUUUUUGUAUCAAUAAAAAUAGAUGAUAUGCACAAAAAAUGUGUUAAAUGUGUUUUGAAAUGCAGAGAGGUUGCUUGUAAGUAAAGUGCAUUGAUUUUAUAUACUGACUAUAUUCCAUCAGCACAGAAACAGAAAGAAUAAAAGAAACCUGUUGAAAUGCAAACAUGUACAGUUCCAUGAUAGAAUUGUUGUAGUACAACUACUACAAACUUCCUGAAGGGCUAAAGGAAUGAGCUUAAUGCAAGUUUAUCUUAUUUCUUUAGCAAUUUAGAUUUUUAAGCAUAUAUUUGUUUAGGCUUACAAAUAUGGCAUUUUUUGUUCCGGUCCCAAGUCUCCCUGCUCUUCAAUAAUAAUAAAGUUCUGGGUUCAAAUCCA